AUGAGAGCUCUCCUAUAAUAAACAAUGUAGCAAAUUAGGUUAGACUAAGAAUUGAAGAAACUUUUAGUUAAUAGAACUGAUUCUUAGGAUAUUUUGAAGAAAUUAUAAUCGAUUUUUGAAUAAGCACUUGAUGAUCAUACGGAAUUGUAUUGGAAGAAAGAACAUGCACACACGAAAACUCAAUUAGAAUGUUCUAUUUAAGAAUGUCUUUCAUUAAGACAUGAUUUAAGAGAAAUGGAUGAAGAUAGAACAGAAAAAUAAAAAAUAAUCAAAGAACAAAAUAAAUAAAUAGAUGAAUUGUAAGUAGCCUUAGGAGAUAUAGAAUAGAAAUUAAAUAUUAUGUAAGAGAACAUUUUAUUGCAAAAAUAAGAAUUGGCUGAGGAAUUUGAACAAAAUUUGAAUUAAAUAUAAGAUAGUUAUAAAUAAAAAGAAUAGGAGUAAUGUUAAUUUUUAUAAUAAAAAUUGUCAGAAUUGGAAUAAGUAGUUAGUGAUUAAUAGGCAGCUUUAACAAAAGAAAGGGAAAUACAAUAGCAUGUUGGUAAGGACUUUAAAUAGACAAAAGCAUAAUUGAAAGCUGAAUAAGAAGCAGCCGCUUAGUUAAGGUAAUAGAUGUAAAGCUUAAAAAAAAAUAAUGAAACAUUGAAUAUUGAUAAGCAGUGUUUGGAAAAUAGAACUAAAUAGUUGAAAUAAUAAAAUGAAACAUAAUACAAAUAAAUAAAGUCCUUAGAAACUAAAUUAAUAGAUUCGAAUGAAGAAUUAGAAAGGUAUAAGAAAAAGAAUUAGUAGGACUAGGCUAAUAUAAAGACAUAAUAAAAUGAACAGGAGAAGAAUUAUAAAAGGAAAUUACGAAAUUAUAAAUUGAAAGUUGAUGAAAUUAAGAAUAAAAUCAAAGUAAGUUUGCAAAAGAUAUUUUCAAGUCUGAAAUUAGAUAUGGAAUCAUUUAAAUUAUAAAUCUAGAAAGAUUUAUAAUUAAUUUCUAUAUAAACUUGCUAAAUUGUAUCGAAAUAAUUGAAAUUAGAUCACGAGUUCACGUAAAGAGAUUUCUCGGAUAAAAUGGAAUAAAUUAGAUAUAAUAUGCAAGCUCAUUUUAAAAAUACGUUAGAAAAACAAAUUUAAGAAUUUGAAACUAGAGAAUCCCAAAUGAAAAAUGAAUAUGAAUUAAUAAUCAAGAAUUUAAAAUAGUAAAUUUAAGGUCUUGAAGAUGUCUAAAAAGAUUUAGAGCGAGAAAUUUAGUUCAAAUAAUCAAAGAACGAAGAAAAUUAAUAGAAUUUACAGGAAAAGGUAGAAUUAUUGACUGAAUAAUAAAGACAACUUUAAGAAUUAUCUGAAUAAGCUAAGGAUCAAUUGAAUUUAUUAUUGGAAUAGGAAGAUUAGAUUAAAUAACUGAAAGAAUAAAAUGAAAAGUAUUAACGUAAAACAAUGUAGUAUGAGGAAUAUGUAAGUAAAUAAGCAAUUUAAUAUUAAACUUAAAAGGCGGAGGAAAAAAUGUAUAAAAAGUAAUUUGAAGAUGUAACUGAAUCAAAUUAGCAUUUAAGAAAAUAAAUCAAAAUUUUACAGGAACAAUAAUAAAGUGAUUAAUUUGCAAUAAAUAAACUAAAAACCUAAGUAUCUUCAGCAAAACUAAGUACUGUUAAGGAUGCUGAGGAAAGACACUUAAUAAGACUACAAAAUAUAAGAAAAAUCUGA